AUGGCCCCCGCCACGUCCAAGGGCCUGUUGCCUGUCGCAUGCCGAUACGUCCCGCUCGACCUCUGGUUCACGACCCAUCUCGACACGAGGUGGAACUGUAAACAGAUAAAGCACUGGAUCCUCUCCAAAUGCCUCCCCGAGAGCAACGCCGACCCGCCGCGCGCGGUGUCGCCCAUCACCUUCGCCUUGCCGUCGGAGGAAUCCCUGCCCUUCGGUUCCGAGGGCGCAUGGCUUGAUCUCGUCGAGGACGACGAGGUUCUCUCAUUUGGGACGACGAGGCACAGCAAAUCCACUCGGUCUCCGUCCACCCACAGCUUCGACGAUGCCGCUUCUCCGACGUCUUCCACGUCCGAAACGCCCCUUCAUCUCAAAUAUACCGUCCUCGCCUAUUCUACCGGCCAGAUCCUCGAAGAUCAGGCGCACUUGGAAUGGUAUCAUCUGCGCCCGCACGAGCUUCUCGAGGUCCAUGAAGCCGGCGCCAUCGCCUCGCUUCCCCGUCGGAACAUCCUCAACUACUCCGAACCGUACUUCGAAGCCCGCGUGAAAACCGUCAGCGUCUUCUGGUCCGGGCCUUCGGAGGAAACGAAGAGGGCGUACCAGCGCAACGCCCUUCCGGACGGCGUUCCGGUGCCGAGGCGGCACAAGUCCAGGUCGGAAUGGGCAGACCGAUGGGUCGUCGUGCGGGGAGGAAAUCUGAUACUCUGUCGCGAUCGCAUGGAGCUUUCCCAAGCCUACCACUUCCCCGUCGCUUCUUUGAACUCGUUGCAGCAACGCGCAGAUGACCCUCUCGUCAUCCGCGCCUCGUUCGGCCCUUCCCCGAAGGCCCACGAUCCCGAAGCGGACUCCUCCGUUCCGUCUUCCCCCGGCCCCGGCACGACUCCGCCUCUUCUUCCCUUGACGGAGCUUCAGGGUCGGAGAGGAAACACCACCCCGAGACAGAUACCUACCCCUCACAAUAGCCUAGGAAGAUCGAAGAACAAGCUGAGGCCGGUUCCUGGCUCUUCCGCAUCGACGACUACGCGUACGGAUGACGAAGAUGUCGAACCCAGUACCAGAAGUGCUGCGACGGACUCGGAUCGUCCCGGUGGCAUUGGCGUCAGUGAGGGAGCACGGGUCGAGUUGACCAUGCUAGACAAAACUGCCCACGAAUGCCUGUUGCGUACCCUACACCGGCUAUGCCGCGACCCGGACCCUCUGGUCUGCCACUCCGACUUUCUCCCGUCUCAGAACCCAUUUCAUCACUCCGAGGGACUCUGGAGCCCGUCGUCCAGCCCGCCCGAACCAUCUCACUCCCAGCGGCCCUUUAAAUUACGCGUGCACAUCGACGAACCCUAUAUGCGCCACACGGUUCGCUUCCCGGAGUGGCGGCAGGAGAUCGCGACGAGGGCCCGUUGGGCAGGUAUGGGCGUCCCGGCGGCACGGGAGCGUGUCCCACCCUCUUCUUCUUCGAAACGAAUAUCGUGGCCGGAGGUACUGAGCGCUCAAAGCCCGGGAUCGGACGACCCCUAUUCGGCCACCGUCCGCGGCGGGAGCUCCGCGACACGCGCGAAUUGGUCAGAAGACGAGGCGGAGGCUGAGGGGGAGUCGGAGGAGCCCCCGGCGAGCCCGUUGUCUGCGUUGACUUGGGGAGGAGAAAGUGCGAGCGGGUCGGAGGACGGCUCGACGCGCAGCGAGGUCGAAUGGGAGGGGUGGAUGGACGACCUCGAACGGCAGAGCGCGAUCAAGAAGGGCAAGAUGCGCGCGCUCUCGUCGUCCCCGCCCAGCGCGCCUCCGUCGCCGCUGCGGACCCGGACCGUAGGCUCGCUUUCGUCCUCGCCUACUUCGGGCCAAGAAGACCUCGCCUACUCGGGCCCGUUCGCGCGCCAGAUGGAGAUUGACCACGACCACGACCCGGAGCGGACGACGACAGCGACGUCAGCUGCUGCUGCUGUGGCGGGCAAUCAUCUACUGCGCCAUCCCGGUCCGAGCAUCAUCAGGAGCACGGUCACCGCCGGGAACGCGAACAGGAAACGAGGCGGCGCGAGCAAGGCGGACAAGAAGCCUAGCUCGUCAAAGGGCAAAGAUCCUGCCUAUGGCGUCUCAAAAUCGAAGAAAACGGCGACGAGGGACGAGCCUCCCGCGUCCGCUGCGGCCGCGCCUCGUUUGCGGAAACCCACGUUGUUGCGGCGCAACAAGUCGAGCCAUUCGAUCUCGGCCAAGUCGAACGUCAGCAGCGCGUCGGAGGUGCCGGUACUCAGCGAACAACGUGACGGUCAAUCCGGUGAUGGUGCUGGUGCUGAGGGGUCAGGAAAGCUUGGGAUCGGACGGCGGUUGUCCGUGCGGUCUCGCACGCAGAAACCCCGCCAGGCGGCGGGGGGGUAGAGUCACUGCCAGGGUUCCGCAUUACGAACGAAGUCUGGAUUACUUUUUCUACGGAAAUCCAUAUUUCAUAUAAAAUGGCUGGUUCAGAUGCGGUUGAGACAUAAAGUACAAACAUACUUUCAAC